AUGGUGUUUUUCGUCAACGCCGCGGCAGAUGUGCGCGGCACCAAGCAGAACCUGCGCCUUCAGUUUCCCGCGUGCCCCACACUGCUGGAGUUGGCCAGCGCUGUGGAGCUGCACUUCACAGCAGCAGCAGCAGCAGCAGCAGCAGCAGAAGCUGGGGUGGCACCAUUCCGCGUAGACUUACUGAUGCUGUUCGAUGAAUACGCGUUACGGUGGGCGGAGUUGUACAGCUCCGCGCAGCUGUCAACAGACUGCCAGGUGUACGCGUUCCACACGUUGACAGCUGCGGGGACACGUGGUGCGAGCAGCGAACUGCCGGCAGGUGGCGUAGUCGAUAGUCCGGGUGUAAUCAUGCCUCCCAGCACAACAGUUGUCUGCGCCGCACCCGCACGUGAUGUCUCGCCCUCCCUCUCCUCUCUCGACUGGGUGGAUACCGACAUCGUCAACAGCUGCGGUAGCAACAGCACAAGCAGCAGUUAUCACUACCGACAUCUUGCAGGGGGAAUCGGAAGUCCAGCACCCACAGAUAACUGCCGUCCAAUGUUACAUCGACCUACACGAGUAGCAACAAGAAGAAACCAAAAAAUGGGACUUGGCGAGCGCCUUCGCGCCGUAUUCGAUACACUCGACAGCCAUCAGAAAGGCUACCUACUGUACACUGAUAUCAAGCGUGCGGUGGAUGCACAACGCACGGUGUUCAUGAAUUACUCCGCGGAAGUUCUCUUUGUGCUAGCGGACCAGGACGGUGACGACUGCGUGUCGUACAGGGACUGGGUGAGUUUCGCCGUCGAGCACCCCACUGUGGUGGACGCACUUUUCUACGCCAUGCAGCCUGCACAGCACCAUGACCACCACUAUAAGAAGCAGCAACCACAGCAGAAGAAGAAGACACAGUUGUCAUCAUCGUCGUCAUCGUUGUCGUUGUUGGAUGGGGCGGGCCGGCAGUCGGAAGGUCUAUUCGAGCGGUCACGCGCAACGCAGGCGUACGAAGAGGCGCGGCUGGCGGCAGACGCUGCGCGCCUCAACGCACUGCGGGUAGUGGGGCGCGAGUUGGCCGCACUCCGCUGCUUGAGGGGGCGACAGUGGUAG